AUGGACGACACAGAGAGAAGAUCGGCCAAGCGCUCGCGCUUCGAUCAGGAACCCGAGCAUAAGAGACCUUCCAGAUUCGACAGACGCUCCCGCUCUCCUCCCGCUGUGAAGCCCGAGUCCAGACGCAGCAGAAGUCCUCUUGGAAGAGCUUCAGGUAGUCCAGCGCCCGAGUCCAAGAAGCCCUCUGCGGACCCAGCGGCUGCUGCAGCUGCUGCUGCUGCGAAAAUCAACGCCCAGAUUCAAGCCAAGAAGGGUAUCCAACAUGUCGAUGUUCCUCCGAUUCAAUCUACCUUGACUCCAACCCCAAAGUCGGCAUCUCCAGCUGCUUCUGGAUCAGGCAACAGCGCGGCCCUGGUCAACGGUGAGAUGUACAUUGCAGACGGCGAUUACAUACGCGAUAUCGAGGUCAAUGACCUGCGCAACCGCUAUACACUGACCAAAGGUUCUACACAAAAGAUGAUCAAAGAAGAGACCGGAGCCGAUGUCACUACGCGUGGAAAUUACUACCCGGACAAGAGCAUGGCAACGGCCGCUAACCCACCGCUUUACCUCCACGUCACGAGCACAUCUAAGCAAGGUCUCGAGCAGGCUGUGGCGAAGAUUGAAGAACUAAUGCAACAGGAGCUACCAAACUUAGUUGAUGAGCGCCGCUUCAGACGUAGAGAGCCCGAGCAAGUCGAGAGAGAUGAAUUUGGCAGACGCAAAUGGCCUGAGGAGAAGAUUCCUAUUGACUUUGAACCCAUUCCUGGCUUCAACCUUCGUGCUCAAGUUGUUGGUCAUGGUGGUAUUUAUGUCAAGCAUAUCCAACAGGAGACCCGGUGUCGUGUACAGAUCAAGGGACGUGGUUCUGGUUUCAUGGAGCACGGAACUGGUGCCGAGAGUGAUGAGCCCAUGUAUCUGCACGUAGCAGGCCCCGAUCCCAAUGAAGUCCAAAAGGCAAAGGAGCUUUGUGAAGACUUGCUGAAGAACGUUAGAGAGCAGUAUGAAGAGUUCAAGAGCCGGCCUCAACAGCAGCGUAGCUACGGCGGUAACACUGGGUACGGAGGCGAGCGAGGCUACGGAGAUCGUGCUCCUGAUCGAUCCAACUCUUACGGCGGACGAGAGAAUUCCUAUGGCGGUCGUGAUAACGGCGGCGGCUAUGGAGGUGGUUACAACAACUCACCUGCACCAAACUCAGGUGGUGCUAUGAGUCCAACUACCCCUUCUGCACCUGGUGCUGGAAGUCCAACCGCAGCAGCUGACUACGCAGCCCAAUAUGCUCAAUACUACGCAGCUCAAGGUCAAGCAGGUCAGGACCCAUAUGCAGCUUAUGGUGGAUAUGCCGCAUAUGUACAGUAUUAUCAGGCCUACAUGGCUCAAGUCGCUGCAGCUCAGCAACAGCAAAGCCCACCUGGUGCUCCUGGCUCUGCUCCUCCACCACCACCUUCUGAGGCACCCCCACCACCCCCUCCUGGUGGCGCUCCUGGAAGUGGAUAUAAUGCUGUUCCUCCCCCACCUGGAAUUUAA